CAAUUCCGCAAUAAAUUUUGCCUGAAUAAAUGGAUUACUGAGACCAACUACAAUGGAAUUGGAAAAUACAUGCCGCUGUUGCCUAUCUCAGGGCAUGCACAAAGACUUGGAUGCGUCGCACGUUUGGAUAAACACAGCUGAAAACUAUUCCAAGAUGUUGAAUGAUUGUUUUAGUAUUGUUCUCUCAUCUUCUAAAUACAAGGCCAAAAUCUGUGAUACCUGCAUUGAAAACCUGAGAACCUGCAUCAACUUCAAACAACAAGUGUUGAGGUCAGAACAGGAAUUUCUGAAAAUGAUCAAAGAUUAUGAUGAAGAUGAAAAGCCUUUCGAAAUAAAACUGGAGCCUAUUCAAGAGAGUGGCGACGACUCAGACGAUUAUUUCUUGGCUGAUGCAGUGCGACACACUCCCGAGCAAAAGAUAAAGGAAGAAGUAAAAGAGAGCCCCGCCAAGAAGAAGCCAGAACAGAAGAGAAAGGGCAAGGCCCCGGACAAAAAGAGCGGCAAGUCCGCGUGGAGGAAAGAGAAGAUCAUUAAGAUUAAUAAGACGCUGGUUAACCGACUCGCUACUUCCAUAAACUCCGUCAACCUUCCCGAGCUAACCAUCACGCCGCCAAAAGCACCCACAAAAAUCAAACUCGAAAAAUCCAUGUUUAAAGACGGAAAACUCAACCUCACCUGGACAGCAACGCCGCGCACCAAUCAGAACAAAACGAAACACAGAGAGAACCUCCUCACAGUGUUAAAAUUCUCCAACGCUACACCUUUUAAGAACAAAUCUCUACUAGGAUUUUCUUGCGGCUACUGUGAGUCUACUUUUCCAGACCCAGCUGAUCUACGCUCUCAUACAGAAUCCAGUCAUCUAAAAGAACGGUUAGACUUCAAAUCAAACUUCGAUAUGACCGAAUACAACGUCAAUCUGGACAUUACAGAUCUACUAUGCACUUUGUGCGAUGAAAAAAUGAUCAAUUUGUCUGCGUUGAAAGAACAUUUAGUAAAGACUCACAAUAAAACAAUUUACAACGAUAUAAAGGAUCAUUUAUUGCAAUUCAAAUUGAAAAAGGGAGAAGUAUAUGACUGCGCUAUGUGUACAUCCACGUAUGAGACUUUCAAGAUGUUGAAACAGCAUAUGAACAUACACUACAGUAAUUAUACGUGUGAAAAAUGUGACACAUCGUUCGCUACGAAAAGAUCUUUAAACGCUCACACAACAACGCACCAGGAAGGCAGCUUCAAGUGCGAUUAUUGUGAGAAAAUAUUCAGUAGCAAACCGAAGAAACACUACCAUGAGAAGACCAAACAUUUGGGUGCUCGGAACAUAAGCAACUGUCCGUUCUGCAACGAACCGUUCCGCAGUUACUAUCAACGGAAUCAGCAUAUGGUGAAAGUGCACAAUUCUGAAGCCCAGUACAAGUGUAAUAUAUGCAAUAAGUCGUAUAUUUUAAAAUCGUUGCUGAUGUAUCAUAUAAAAAAGAACCAUUUGAUGGAACGAAACUGUCAGUGCACGGAGUGUGGUUACAGAUUUUUCAGCAAAAAAGCCUUAAAGGCUCAUAUGGUUAAGCAUACAGGCGAGCGGAUUUUCGCUUGCGAGGUUUGCAACAAAUCCUACGCUAGGAAGUAUACUUUGAGGGAGCAUAUGCGGAUACAUAAUAAUGACAGGCGGUUUAAGUGUGAAGUGUGCGCGAUGACGUUUGUCCAGAAGUGUAGUUUGAAGAGCCAUUUGCUGUCAAAUCAUGGGAUUAGUAUGACAGCCAGCGCUAUCACUUGCUCUUAGCUUUGGAAGCUAACCGAAUGGAGUAUUAACUUUAAACCUAGGGACAGACCACCGACUUUUAGUCGGAUAGUUGGGUCGGGCUGUUAAUCAGUAUGGAUAUGUAUGAAAGUACGCACAUUACACCGAUUUGGU